CCGCCGCCGCAGCCGCCGCAGCAGCAGCAGCCGCCGCCCCAGGCCCCCCCCAUGGAGCCCGAGGCCCCGGAUUCCCGCAAGAGGCCCCUCGAAACGCCCCCCGAGGUGGUCUGCACCAAGCGCAGCAACACGGGAGAGGAAGGCGAAUACUUCCUGAAGGUGCUGAUCCCCAGCUACGCGGCAGGCUCCAUCAUCGGCAAGGGCGGGCAGACCAUCGUACAGCUGCAGAAGGAGACAGGAGCCACCAUCAAGCUCUCUAAGUCCAAAGACUUCUAUCCGGGAACCACAGAGCGAGUAUGCCUGGUACAGGGCACAGCAGAGGCCUUGAAUGCUGUGCACAGUUUUAUUGCUGAGAAGGUCCGAGAAAUCCCACAAGCAAUGACCAAGCCUGAGGUGGUCAACAUCCUUCAACCCCAAACCACGAUGAACCCCGACAGAGCCAAGCAGGCCAAGCUGAUCGUCCCCAACAGCACCGCGGGCCUGAUCAUCGGCAAGGGGGGCGCGACAGUGAAAGCCGUGAUGGAACAGUCGGGUGCCUGGGUGCAGCUGUCCCAGAAGCCGGAGGGCAUCAACCUUCAGGAGCGCGUGGUGACCGUCAGCGGCGAACCCGAGCAGGUGCACAAGGCCGUGAGCGCCAUCGUGCAGAAGGUACAGGAAGACCCCCAGAGCAGCAGCUGCCUCAACAUCAGCUACGCCAACGUGGCUGGCCCCGUGGCCAACUCCAACCCCACCGGCUCGCCGUACGCCAGCCCCGCCGACGUGCUGCCCGCCGCCGCCGCCGCCUCGGCCGCCGCCGCCUCCGGCCUGCUGGGCCCCGCGGGGCUGGCGGGCGUGGGCGCCUUUCCGGCCGCCCUGCCCGCCUUCUCAGGCACCGACCUGCUGGCCAUCAGCACGGCGCUUAACACGCUGGCCAGUUACGGCUACAACACCAACUCCCUCGGCCUGGGCCUCAACUCGGCAGCAGCCUCCGGGGUCCUGGCCGCCGUGGCCGCAGGCGCCAACCCCGCCGCCGCCGCCGCCGCCAACCUCCUGGCGUCCUACGCCGGGGAGGCCGGGGCCGGGCCGGCCGGAGGGGCCGCCCCGCCUCCACCCCCGCCCCCCGGAGCCCUGGGGUCCUUCGCCUUGGCCGCAGCCGCCAACGGCUACCUCGGGGCCGGGGCGGGCGGCGGGGCGGGCGGCGGCGGGGGCCCGCUCGUGGCCGCCGCAGCCGCGGCGGGGGCCGCCGGGGGCUUCCUGACGGCCGAGAAGUUGGCGGCCGAGAGUGCCAAGGAGCUGGUGGAGAUUGCGGUGCCUGAGAACCUGGUGGGGGCCAUCCUGGGCAAAGGGGGCAAGACGUUGGUGGAGUACCAGGAGCUGACGGGCGCCCGCAUCCAGAUCUCCAAGAAGGGAGAGUUCCUGCCAGGCACGCGGAACCGGCGGGUCACCAUCACGGGCAGCCCUGCGGCCACGCAAGCCGCUCAAUACCUCAUCAGCCAGCGGGUCACCUACGAGCAGGGAGUGAGGGCCUCAAACCCCCAGAAAGUGGGAUGAGGCCUGUGGUGUCUGCUCCCACCCUCCUUCCUGACCCUUCUCCUCUUCCUCUCCUCCCCCUCCCCCACACCCCCAACUCCUGACCUCAGCUCGGUGGAGUCCUGCUCCUCGUGGGAUGGGGCUGGGGGGCUGCACCCCCCCUUCUGGUAGUCAUAGGCAGGAUUGAGUGCUGGCUGGGGAUGGGGCCCAGAAGCUCCCUCCCCGGCCCUGAACUGACCCGUUCUUCCCUCCUCCCUAUGGUUGACUGGGCCUGACCCUCCUCUCCCAGGGCCCAGGUCUGUGUGAUAUCUGUAUAUAUUGCAUUUUGUUGAUUUUAAUAGAAAACAAAGCGUUA